AUGCGGGUGUUCCUGCGCCUGGGGGGCUGCCUGGAGCCGGGGGGGCCCGCGGAGCGCGUGCUGCUGACGCGGACGCGCUGGUACUGCCUGCCCGUGAAGGCGCCCGUGACCCUGCGGGAAGAGGCGGACGAGGGCGUGAUCUACACCGUGGCCUCGCGACCACCCGGGGGCGCCCGAGGCCGCGCCGGUGGCGAGGAGGCGGCGGGGCCCGGGACCCCCGCCGGGCAGUCGCGGGUGCUGAAGGCCGGAUCGCUGCCCCGGCUGGCUCGGCACCUGCUGGAGGCCGCCGCGCUCGGGGACGCCUGCUACGUGCCCGCCUUCCUGGCCACCUACCGGACCUUCGCCGCACCGCACGUGGUGCUGGGACUGCUGCUGGACAGGCUUCAAGCGGUGGCUGGGCCCGGCUCAGACGUCACCCCGGAAACAGCAGAGCUGCAGCGAGCCCUGGGGUCCGUGCUGUGGUCCUGGCUGGAUGGCUACCCUGACGACUUCGUGGGGCUGGAGCCCGGCCUCCGCGGGCAGCUGCUGGGCUGGCUGCGGUGGGCGCUCGGGGACGGCUCCGAGCCCGAGAGGAUCCUGGCUGCAUCCGCGGGGGAGAGGGCCCCGCCGGUGACCCCGGAGGAGGACGCAGGCGCCGCGGGCGAUGGGGAGGCCGACCCCCACUACAUCCUGGGCCUCCAGGCGGAGGACGUGGCCGCCCACCUCACCGCGCGGGAUGCCGAGCUGUUCCUGCGCGUGGUCCCCCAUGAGUGUCUGGGGUCCCUGUGGUCGCAGCGGGACAAGAAGGGCCACGAGGGCGACUGCCCCACUGUCCGGGCCACGGUGGCCCAGUUCAACCUCGUGGCCAAGGCGGUCGUCUCCUCCUGCCUGGGGGACACGGGCCUGCGGGCCGCUCAGCGGGCCCGGCUCCUGGAGAAGUGGAUCCGCGUGGCGGAGGAAUGCCUCUGCCUCCGGGAUUUCUCCUCCCUCUACGCCGUGGUCUCUGCGCUGCACUCCACGCCACUGCACCGGCUGAAGAGGACCUGGGAAGAGAUGUCCAGGGACUCCCUGCGCUGCUACGAGGCGCUCAGCGCUGUCUGCUCGGAGGAGGACAACUACAGCCAGACCCGGAGGCUCCUCUUUCAGGAAGGCGGCACGGAGGACCCCACGGCACGGAGGCACCCGCGGAGAGCGCCGGAGCAGCGCCCGAUGGGCGUGGUCCCCUACCUGGGCACCUUCCUGAAGGACCUGGUGAUGCUGGACACGGCCACGCGGAACCGGCUGCAGAACGGGUACAUCAAUUUCGAGAAGCACCGCAAGGAGUUCGAGAUCCUGACGCAGCUGCGCCUCCUGCAGGCGAGGUGCCGCAACUACGCCCUGAGCCCCGACCGUGCGCUCCAGACGUGGCUGCGGCGCCUGCCCCAGCUCAGCGAGGUCCAGAGCUACCAGCUGUCCUGCGCCAUCGAGCCGCCGGCAGAGGGAGCCACCCCCGGCAAGCCCACGCGGCCCGCCCUGGUGAUCACGCACUGCACCGACCUGCUCACCUCCGUCGGGAUGAGCACACCUGUCUCCUGGGAGGGACCCAGCUCCUGCCACGCUCCGCCGGGCCUGCUGACACCCCCAUCGGCCUCCGCCUCCUCCCCGGGGCAAGCGCACCUGUCCCAGCAGGCGAAGUGGCCCUCGGUCUCGUCGCUGGAUGUGGCCCCCGAGAGCACCGUGCCCCCCUCUCCGGGGGGGCUCGCCCCCCCUCCCACCCCCGGGGGCUGCUUCACCAGGGGGCACCGGCGCUCGGCCUCCUGCGGGUCGGCCUACCCCACGGCCCCCGAGCCGGGCAGCGCCUCGGCCUCGGACUGCCGGAUCAUCCGCGUGAGCAUGGCGCUGCACAACGGCAGCCUCUACAAGAGCAUCCUGGUCACGAGCCAGGACAAGGCCCCCGCCGUGAUUGCGAAGGUGCUGGAGAAGCACGGCCAGGAUCGGGGCCAGGCCCCCCAGUAUGAGCUGGUGCAACUCCUGCCUGAUGGCCGAGAGCUGGCCUUCCCGCCUCUGGCAAACGUCUUCUACGCCAUGAACGGCUCCAGCCUGGACUUCAUGCUGCGGCCCAAGCGGCCCCUGGACAGCCCCCUGCCGCCCCCGCCCCCAGCGCCCGCGCCCCGCGGGGUGGAGCUCAGCGCCACCUUCCCCAAGAUCAAGGCCACCGGCCGCAAGAUCGCCAGGGCCCUCUUCUGAAGCCACGCGGGCCGGGCCGGGCCGGACUGGCAGGGGGCCCUGUUGCCGCUCGUGGCCGCACGCCAGUUUCCGCGAGGCCCCGACGCGACGUGCCCGGCACCCCCUCCGCGUCGUGGGCGAAGCAGCCCCGCUGGAGACGCCCUCGUCGCGCCCCGCUGCCAGAGGCCUGGGGCUGCCCCGCGCGGGGACCGAUUUCCGGAGAGACCGCCUGCGCUCAGGCUGCCCCACGUGCUCCGCCGAGUGAUGCCUGGGAGGCCGCCCCGCAUGGCGGGCAGGAGCGGGCCUGGGACUCCUGGAGGGGGGCCUGCACGCGGAGCAGGCCCCUGGGCUUUCCCACCGUGUGGCAAGCUCAGCAGCAGCCCGGCCGGGUCUCUGGGCUGCCGGGUGGCAACAGAAGGGCCUUUUCUGGCCUCCAUGCUGGGGAGGACCCCCAAGCUCGCGUGGCUGGCGCGUCCCUCCGGUUCACGUCUCAGCACCGCAGAACACUAAUCCCGGAGGGCGCCCCACGCGGGGAAGGGCCCCUCCUCUUCCUUUGGAGUGCAGGUGCCAGGCCGGAUGGGGCCCAAGCCCACGCCAGUCCGGUGGCGUUCACAGCGGCCAGCCAGAGGCCUGGGGAGGGACAGCGGGGCCGGCGGCGCCCCCCUGCUGGUGCGUCCAGCCACAUGGGGCGGACGCACCUGGCGCACCGCUCAGACGAGGCCCCGCACUGGCUCCGGCGUGCCUGCCCGCAGGCGGGGGGCCCCUGCUCUUGCUGCCACUGGAAGGGGCGAGGGAGGGCGGGCCUGAUCCAGGAGGGCGCCUCCAAGCGAUGCCACACAAGGCAUUUCCGCUGUGAUUUCCCCUCGCCCCAAAAGCCAGGGGUUCUUUGGGUGCCGCCACGGGCCAGGCCGGAACGCACCUCGUGCCGGCGCGUCCUGCCUCACCUCGCCUCACCGUUCGAGGCUUCCGCCUUGGUGGGCCCCGGAAGCUGCUUCAGCCUUGCAGGGAAGAGCAGCUCAGGGACCACCUUGCCUCCGACUCCCCCCUUUUGAGAAGCAAACCAGUUUCCAGGAAAAGUUAAAUAUUUGUGUAAGCCUCCUUUUUUAUACAAUAAAGGCAAAACAGAA